AUGGACCUGUCGACUCCUCCUCCUCCCGCCGGCGCUACCCACGCGCAGCGUCGUGCGUACGACUGCGAUCCGCUGUUGCGUUUGCUGCCUGGAGACGAGGGCUAUGUGGUCUGGGCUUCGGCCUUGAAAUCCUACCUGGACACCAUUGUAGAGAUGGCCCGCGUCCAAUACCACUUUCUGUACCGUUUGAUGAUCCGAAAGUUCAACCAUAUCAAGUAA